GGGGGCACCGGGGGCACCGGGCUGACCCUGCCCCCGCUACCGGGCGGUGCCGGAGCCGCGGGAGGCGGUGCUGGGGAGCGCCAAACCCCCAAGGACAAAUGGAGCAACUUCGACCCCACCGGCCUGGAGCGGGCGGCCAAGGCGGCGCGGGAGCUGGACGCGUCCCGCCAUGCCAAAGAUGCUCUCAGCCUGGCCCAGAUGCAGGAGCAGACCUUGCAGCUGGAGCAGCAAACCAAGCUGAAGGAGUAUGAAGCUGCCAUAGAGCAGCUGAAGAAUGAACAGAUCCGGGUACAGGCAGAGGAGAGAAGAAAAACCCUCAGUGAGGAAACAAAGCAGCAUCAAGCAAGGGCCCAGUACCAGGACAAGCUGGCGAGGCAGCGCUACGAGGAGCAGAUGAGGCAGCAGCAACUUGCUAAUGAAGAGAACCUGAGGAAGCAGGAGGAGUCUGUGCAGAAGCAGGAGGCCAUGAGACGGGCCACUGUUGAACGAGAGAUGGAGCUGAGGCACAAAACUGAGCUGCUGCGUGUGGAGGCAGAGGCCAGAGCCAGGGCCAAGGCCGAGAGGGAGAACGCAGACAUCAUCCGGGAGCAGAUCCGCCUGAAGGCUGCUGAGCACAGGCAGACUGUCCUCGAGUCACUCAAGACAGCUGGGGUGCUUUUUGGGGAAGGAUUCCGUGCUUUUGUAACAGACUGGGAUAAGGUUACAGCCACGGUUGCAGGCCUGACCCUGCUGGCAGUGGGUGUUUACUCUGCCAAGAAUGCCACAGCAGUGGCUGGGCGUUACAUAGAGGCCAGGCUGGGCAAACCUUCCCUGGUGAGAGAAACCUCACGCAUCUCCGUGCUGGAAGCACUCAAGCAUCCCAUCAAGGUUGGUAAGAGACUCACCAGCAAGGCUCAGGAUGCCCUUGAAGGAGUCAUUCUCAGUCCACAGUUAGAAGCACGUGUGAGAGACAUUGCCAUAGCAACAAGAAACACAAAAAAGAAUAAAAGCCUGUACAGGAAUAUCCUUAUGUAUGGCCCCCCUGGCACCGGGAAGACACUCUUUGCCAAGAAACUGGCUGUGCACUCGGGCAUGGAUUAUGCCAUCAUGACCGGUGGUGACGUUGCCCCCAUGGGGCGAGAAGGAGUUACUGCCAUGCAUAAACUCUUCGACUGGGCCAACACCAGCAGGAGGGGCCUCUUGCUGUUUGUGGAUGAAGCGGACGCGUUCCUGCGGAAAAGGGCGACAGAGAAAAUCAGUGAAGAUCUUAGAGCAACUUUAAAUGCAUUCCUGCACAGGACAGGGCAGCACAGCAACAAGUUUAUGCUUGUUUUAGCAAGCAACCAGCCUGAGCAGUUUGAUUGGGCUAUCAAUGACCGAAUAGAUGAGAUGGUGAACUUUGAUCUGCCCCAGCUAGAAGAAAGGGAGAGACUUGUGAGGCUGUAUUUUGACAGGCAUGUCCUGAAGCCAGCCACAGAGGGUAAACAACGUUUGAAGCUGGCCCAGUUUGACUAUGGGAAGAAGUGCUCAGAGAUUGCCAGGCUGACAGAGGGCAUGUCUGGGCGAGAGAUUUCUCAGCUUGCUGUGGCAUGGCAGGCUGCAGCUUACUCCUCAGAGGAUGGAGUUCUCACUGAGGCCAUGAUUGAUGCCCGGGUGGCUGAUGCUGUGCAGCAACAUAAACAGAAGAUGGAGUGGCUGAAAGCAGAGGGGGCUGAAGGCAGCAAAGGGGCUGGCACAAACCCACUCCUGCCUUUCCCCAGGGGAACCCCAGUCUGAGCAGCCCAUGGGCUCUGGACCAGCCCGUGUGGGGACAUGGGUGAACACUGGGAGGGUCUCCUGGCAAAUGUUUGGUGGAAUCAUGUGUUGAGAGAAAUGUCCCUGGUGGUGCCAGGGAGGGUUUCUGCCACAGCCUGCCUUGGGUUUUCUGUUUUGAAGUUCACCAGGGAAACAAAAGGUUUCCAUAAGGCAGAAGCAAUUGUAUUAAAGGAUGUCCUUGCGGAAACCCCA